AUGCAGGUAUGCAGGAAACUCAACUUGACAAGUAGAGAGCUGGCACAGUUGCAGUACGCCAACUUAACGCAGAGAGAGUACAAGAUCUUGCAGAAAAAGACGGACAAUAAGUUUACUACCCUGGCCCCAAAGAUUUCAGCGAAGGUGUUGGCAGACAUAAGGAAUAGAACUAAGAACUUUACGGAUCUGUUGGCCAUCAUCACGCCUGACGAGCUGGAUGCCUUGCAGCACGCCAAACUGACGGAAGAGGAGUACGAAUUGUUGCAGAAACGAACAAAUGGCGCGUUCACUACAGCGGUAAGAAAUCAAUAUGCUUACUAA